AUGAUCUCCAACGCAGACGAUGCUUUCCUCAUCAAGGUCCUGAGACAGACCAGGAGACCAGAGAUAGGAGAGUUCAGCAGUCGGUACUACUGACCCUCCCUGAUCUGCCCUCUCAGGACCAUAUGAUACUUAUAAUCGGGAAAGCAACUGAUCUGUUGCAGGCCUGAAGUGUCUGAUGUCUGCAUGAACUGCAGCGCCUCAGUGCCCCAUGUCAACCUUUAGUGACGGGAGAAUAUACAGAUGUAAUCACAACACACUGUUUACUAACUGAAAUGGGAGAUUCCUGUGCAAGACUUUGUGUGUGAGCGUGUGCGCGCAUGAGUGUGUGUGUGCACGUGUGCGUUUGUGUGUGUUGAGUCAGGCCCCAGUGUUGCCAGUAGUUCCAGUAAGGGCCUCUCUCCUCGUCUUUUGAGGGGCUCUGCUUUUCAAUUAAUUGGCUCUUUGUCCUGCGCCAGACUAUGUAAAUGUCUUACACCCCAGCAGUACACUGCCGCUCCUGGGAAAAGUGUUUACAACCGCCAUUGUUUUGCUGCUGCACCUCCCUCUAGAAGUGAGGGUCUGUAUGAUGUUUUAAUCGGAAAGCUAACUGGCGCCAUGCAUAAUUUACUCACUUCAUUAAACGGGGUCGCUACUGGGGCUGGCUGGUCAGUAUAGUCAUGGGACAAUGUCCUCUGUCUCUUACAGGAGUGAGGGGUCGCCAAGGGGUUAGGCAUAGCAGGAGAGGGGGAAUGCUAGAACUGGGGAAAGGCCCGGGAUGGAGCUACAAGUCAACAACCUGAUGGUAAGGCUGUACUGUAGCAAUGCUGGAGUGUGUUCUAAGGUUGUUCAUGUUGGUGUACUGAAGAGUUAUCUGGAUUUUUUUUCCUGCUGCCAUCCAACAGUAACGGACUGUUGUAUAUACUGUAGGGAUGGUAUAAGUGUUGCAAAUGACUUUGUUUAUUGUGAAGCAGGCUAUUUAUUUGUUAUAUGUAAUACAGAGAAUCCACUUUCAAAAAGCAAUUCUGUAUUAGUUAAAAAAAAUUGUUUAGCUGAGUUUUGGCAAAUUUAUUAAAUCCUACGUCUAGCUGUUCAUGACUAGUCUCAUAAGUUAUGGUCAGAAGAGCAGAAUAAGUAAAUGAUUUAGCGCAUGCGCGCGCACACACACACACACACACACACACACACACACACACACACACACACACACACACACACACACACACACACACAGCUGCAGGCCAGGGGUGGCGGGCGGGGGUUGGUGUGUGUCGUUGUGAGUGCUGGGGGCCCAUUGUCCUUGCCGCCUGUGUGGAGCUGUAUAGGGGGUGAUGGAGGGCUCUGUACCCUCGCUGUUGUCUUGGCUUUCUCUGCCGAUUUCAUGCCUCUUUUAUCAUUCACUUUCACACAAAACAAACAACACAGAGGACGUCUGCUAUGGGAACUAGUCUCUCUCUCUCUCUUUAUCUUGCCUGCUCCUUCUCUCCAUUUUCCCUCUCUCUUUUCAUGUCUCUCUCCUUUGCCCUCUGGUCUAUUUUUUCCUGUCUGUUGCUCUGCCCUUUUCCCUCCCUCACACUUCUCUCCACUCCUGUUUGUCCCUCCAAUAUCCUCUCUCUCUCUCUUUCUCUCUGUAUAGCCUAUUAGACGUUUGCCCUUUCUUGGUUUUCUCUCUUCCUGUCCUCUCCUUCCUGCUGUUGGAUGGGGCUCACUCUCGCACAGCAAGGACCUCCUUAGUCCUUAGAAAAGCACUGCUCUUGUUCCCAAUCAAAACAUUUUACAUUUACAUUUUAGUCAUUUAUCAGAUGCUCUUAUCCAGAGAUAGCUAAGAGGGACAACCACAUAUCUCAGUCAUAGUAAGUACGUUUUUCCUCAAAGUAGCUAUCAGCAAAGUCAGUGCUAGUAGGGGGGAAUAGUCAAGUGCGAGUAGGGAGGAUUAUUUAAGAUACUCUUUGAAGAGGUAGGGUUUCGGAUGUUUUUGGAAGAUGGGCAGGGACUCUGCUGUCCUAGCUUCAGGGGAAAGCUGGUUCCACCAUUGGGGUGCCAGGACAGAGAAGAGGUUUGACUGGGCUUAGCAGGAGCUGCCCUCUUGUAGGGGUCUAUGGCACUAAUGCACCACUUAAUGUGGCUAACACUAACAGAUUUGCCUGAACUUUGCUCAUGACUAUCUGUAGAACAGUGACGCCAGCAGAGGUGACAACCAUAGAAAUAGAAUGUAGACCUAUGGAAUACACAUUUUUAUUUUAUGAUACCACAUUCAGAAAUACUGCUACCCAUCAUAUUACUGGUAUAUGUCACUGCAGGGAAAUGGGUUGAAGGGUAAAUCCAUUUGAAUUCAAUCACUUAUUGACGGCAACACUUUUGAUUUAAACAAAACGUUCCAUACAUGUUUGCCCAUGGAAGAAGGGGUCAGAAAGUCACGUUUUGGACCUGAAUGCCAAAACAUCCAGGAGAUAAAGUGGAUUAAAGUUGACCCAUUUUGCAUACCCCACCCUACCAUGAGACAUCCAUGUCUUCAUCACUGGAAAAGAUAAACGGUUGAGUUUGAUACCAUUUAAAAGGGUUGUCAAACUAUUUGAUAAUUUAUUGAAAAAAAGGUUUUUAAUAGAUUUUUAUUUUAUUUUUAACCUUUAACAUCAGUUAUCUAAAAUCGCGUCUGUUGUAGCUUAGAUUUUACAUCAUCUGAGUUUUUUGUGUUGUGCCCGCAAUCGGUUGAGACACAACAUGCUCCACAGGGUGGGUGUCAUUUCAGUCAUAGAAAUAUAAUUCACAGAAUGGAUCUAUCCCUUCAGACCACUACAAUGUAGCGGGUACACCAUUGAAAUUAAAAUUGAAUUGAGAAAAAUUUACUUCUAAUUACUACCACAAAGAUGGCCGCCGGGCCCACCCACCGUUGAAUGUCAACUUAAAUGGUCAUGUCUAGUUUAUUAUCUAUAUUUCUAUGAUUUCAAUAGGUUUCCUAUGGAGGAUUGACAUUAUUAUUUAAAAUAGAUAUUCCCAUUCAAGUCAACAUUCUCUGGUGGCUGGACCGCUAACCAUCUUUGUGGUACCGUUUGAAAGUUAACAUUUCAAUUUGAUUCCCAUUUUAGUACAUUUAUCAGACAUAACAUGACACCCACCUUGUAUUCAAGAGCAUGUUGUGUAUCAACCGAUGGCGGGCACAACACAAAAACCUCAGAUUAUGUAAAAUAGGAUAUAAUUUGGUGGGGGGGGGGGGGGGGAGUUUACGCAUUUUUAGAUAAUUGCUAUUUAAGGUAAAAUGUUUUUUGUUUUGUUUAAAUUAUAAAAUAGUUUGACCACCUUGUAAGCUUUUUAAAUGAUAUCAAUCUCAACCGUUUGAUCUUUUCCAGUGAUGGUAUGGUGGGGUAUGCAAAAUAGGUCAACUUUGACCACCCUUUACCUCUUGAAUGUUUUGUCAUUCAGGUCCAAAAAGUUACUUUUUGAGCACUUCUACUAUGGACAAAUAUGAAUGGAAGGUUUUGUUCAAAUCAAAAAGGGGUGCUGUCAAAAAGUGAUUGAAUUCAAAUGGAUUUACCCUGAAGGCAUUUUAUGUCAAAUUAUAACUAUUUUGUUAUCCUCACAUAUAGUAUACACAAAACUACAGGAAAAUUUGUUUGGGUGAUGUUAGGCACAGCGUAUUUAGGGUUGAUCAUUUAGCAUUCCCAAUCUAGUGACCAACAGGUCCUACAGUUCCAGUGUAUUGUUAGACAGAAUUUUCCCACAUGCACUGAUUUGAUUUCCCCUCUCGAGUUGAGUUGAUCCCCCUCCACUUCCUCUCUGGGCUGGACUGACUGAAAGUCAUGUGUGUGUAAUCCUGGUCUCACUGUCAGGCUAAGCACCUCUCUCCACUUCCUGCUCCCUUUCUUUUAACUUCUCUCGCUCUCUUUUUUCAUUUGCAAAUGGGCCUACAAUCUGUUUGCAAUAGCCAGGGAUGGAAGAGUGCCUCGGCCCCUAGGCAAACAUUUGCGCUCACACUUAAGGCCUCCAGUCCCAGGCAGCUACCGGAGGCACGGGGCCCUUGCCUUUCACAUCAUGUGAAUCUAAAGAGGGCCCCACCAGACCACAGCAGCAUGGCAGUGUGUGUAUGCUGCACUGGGGGUAACUGUUAGUGUGGGACGUGCAAGGGUCACGGUUUCCUUCAGUUAGUGUUUUUAGCAUGCUCCACCAGAAGCAGCAAACUGAGGCAGAAAUCAAAUCCUCAAGCCACUAUCAAUUGAUAACGCUUCAGAGAUGUGCAUAGAAACUCUUGAAAUAAACUUGGAAUGUUUAAAGACACUUCAGCAUCGCAUGCUUCACUCACUCGCAGCUGUAGCAUGCCUCAUUGAUUACAGUGGGUCCUUUUAAUCUCCAUGUCCAGUAUAUAAUUUGUACCUGCACUUGGGCCUCUUUAACUCUAUCUCCCUCUCUGUGGUGUAUGACAGGUGUGUUUGUGUGUGGCCUGAUCGUUCCUCAGGAGGACAUGCCUUUCUAUGACUCGGGCAUAUGCCCUGACAUCAUCAUGAACCUUCACGGCUACCCCUCCAGAAUGACGAUACGGUACCUCCACACAAUUCAACAUGACCUAUUCUUUGCUUUGGGGGGUACAAAGUCACACUCAAGGGAACUGGUAGCUAGCAGAUUGUAACAGGCUAAUGUGGACGAAGAUAGUAUCGGCAAGUUAAGGUUGGACUAAAAUUCUCUGUGCUACGCCAAACAGUACCUAUCCUGUAACGGCUAAUGGAGCGUCACAUUAGCCCAUUAUAUAAUCUGCUAGCUAGAGAACUGGAUGUGGAAGAUCAGACUUAUCAAAGUAUCCCAAGUUUCACAUGGCUUCUUCUAACUCAUGGGGAAAAUGAAUUAACUUUUGUUUUGUUAAGAUUCGAUACAGUUUGAAACCUAGCCCCUGAACCACUUAUAGAGAAAAUGAAUCAACUUUUGUUUUGUUUCGAGUUGAUAGUUUGAUACCUAGCCCCCAAAUCCUUCGAUAAUUCUCACUCACUUUCUCCGCUUUGCUCUCUCUGAUAUCCAACAGAAGCAGAAGCCCAACAAGACUGCUGUGUUGACCCUCACUCUUCACAGGUUUCAAUUGGCCCUUCUGAGACAAAGCGCUCAUUAUCCCCCCUACUCCAUUGGCUGGGUUAUCAUGGGCCUCCAGAACACACGUCCAUUGACAACACUAAGCAGUCAAUGUUAUUGUUCACUAACAGAUAUCUGUUGCUGUGGAAACCGCUGUUAAGGAAGUCACUAGCUUAGUAGCUACUGGAAUUAAGACAUUUUUUGUUUUCUGAGUUUAGAAUAGAAUAG